AUGAUUAUUGAUGCUAGUCGAGGUGAAAUUCAACUUGAUGAUUUAUUUAACGCUAUCGAACACGAUAAGGACCAAGUAGCACAAGCGCUCGACUUAUACGGCGAAUAUUUACAAGUCAAAAAUGAAAACACGAUCGACGGUGAAAAGAAAGUCGAACUACUUGAACGCAUCCUUAAACUCGAAUGCAUCGAGAAGACAGUCGUCAAUCACAAUCAUGAAAACGAACGAUCAAGGAUCAAUCUCAAAUGGACUGUUCUCACGGAAUGUGGCAUUUGGUAUCGGAAAUUAGGUUCUUAUCAGAAAGCGAUCCGCUGUUUUGACAACGCGAAUGCGAUCAACAAUCGCGUCUCGACGAUCUACUAUGAAAUGGGCAUGUGCUAUCUUGAAUUAUCCGACAUCUAUCAAGUGAAAAUAUGCUUAGAGAAAACAAUUGAAAUCAGUCACGAGCAUAUUCAUUGGAAAUGUUUGGAACAACUCAUUUACUUCUAUUACAUUCUCGGCAAUUUUUCAAAAUGUCUGGAAUAUAUUCGUAUCGGAUAUGAUCGUGUUGCCACCUCUCAGUCGGUAUACGACUUAGGUCAAUUGUGUUUGGUGCUACUCGAGAAGAAACAGCCGUCGAUGAAAGUCUUGAUUGAAAAGAUGUUCAAAAAUGAAAUUGAAUAUAUUGUGCACGACGAUGAUCUUCCGAAGAGAAUCCAAGAGUUGGAAGUAAACAUUGCGAAGUUUAAAGAGAAACUAUUCAAUAGAAACAAUCGAAUCGUCGAGAGGAAAAGUGUUGAUGAAAGCCCAAGUAUCGAAAAUUUUCAAGAGUUAGGUCAAUACUUAACGAAAAAGAUACGAGAAUCAAGCAAUGAUAAUACGAAACUCUGUAAACUAAUUGAGAUCAAGAAUUUCUUACCAAAAAAACCAGUCGUAGUUGAAGCACCGCAACCUGAACCGAUGGAACAAGAAGCAGUGGUAUCUGAGGAACAGCCGCCACCGCCACCACCACCGGUACCAAACCAGCGGAAAAAGCGUUCACAGUUGCCGCUCAACCUUGAUGACUACGAAAAACGGCGAUCCGCACGAAGUGUCACUCGGAUGAUAUCCGAUGAAAAUAAUGUCAGCACAGUAGACAAACUAAAACGACUUCUUGCAAAUAAGGAUGAUAGUUCUGAUGAAGAAGCAGAUGAAACGCUGAUUUCGCCUGAUAAUCUCGAUGAAGAGUUCGCUCUAGCGCUACCUUCUGAUGUGCCAAAAGAAACAUUUCCUUCACUCACCAUCGAAUACAAGUCAUUCAUUCAACUCAUCGACGACACAAUCAAAUCUGGACAUCAGUUCCACUAUCUCGAUUUCAUCUGUAAAUACGUCAAUGAACUCACAAAACAUUCGUCAACGCUAUGGUCAACUGAAAUGCGCGUGAUUUUCACGAAACUCUUCGAUUGUCUUCUUGAUCACAUUCAAUACCCGACCACUGAAAUCGAACCGAAUCACCUUCGUGCUUGUGUGUGCUACGUCGAAAAUGCGCUCGGAUCAGCGAAAUCUGAUCUAUCCGAAGAUUCUAUCGAACGAUUCAGCUGUUUCGCUCGGUUAAAAGUCAAAUAUAAAUUCCUCGGAUAUUGUUUCGCACGCUUGCAAUUCUUCUUGUAUCUCUUCAAGAACAGCUCGAUUCAACAAAGCCAAUUUGAAAUCAAUGAAAUGUUUUAUCGGAUUCUCUGGAUUUCGUCGUUGUAUUAUUUCUUAUCCGAUGUUCAAGAAGACGCAUUAGCUUGCGUUUAUCAACUACAACGUAUCUUGCCCGAAGACUUCACCAUUGUCCUGCCAAAUCUCUUCAAUCACGCGACGAUUUCGAAGAGUACGAUUGAAGCACUUUGCCUUCGUUUGAAGAACAGCAGUUCCACAUCUUCGAAUUCUUCAUCGUCGCAAGAACUAACUUACAUUCUCUCUCGCAUCGCUGUCGCUGAUGAGAAAGACGAAUUAGUUUCUUUGAUCAAGAAAUUAGAAAAGAAAAUCAAGUUGUUCUAUGCCAAUCUAUGCACUCAACGCCAAUUACAACAGAAAUCGUUAACUAAAUGUUACGAAACAUUGAUCAGUGUUCUCAACGAAAACCAACACUUGAAUGACAAAGAUAAUCUCAAUGUUCGCAAGAUAUUCGAUCAAAUACUCAUCGAAGUCAUCGAUAUGAUGAUCAAAAUACUGAAUGAAGAUUCUCCAUGGCGAGAUGUAUCAUUGAAAACAGUUGAAAAGUUAACAUUGAACUUAAUUGACUCAAUCAUGAAACGAGAUUGCUCAGGAGAGAAUGUUUGGCCAUUCAAAUCAACGAAUCCUUGGAUACUUCUGUAUCGUGUUACAAUGAAACGCGAUUCGAAGAAGACCGAACAGUUCAUCGUCUCAUUCGUACGAACGAUCCACGAACUAUUCGGAAAACAUGAAGUGUGUUUGAUCGAAAAGGGUAUUCUGCUGGAAUAUUUCCUCCUCGAACUUAUUCAAAUUGAACAUCCCGACAUUCGAAAGAUUUUAUUUUCGAAACAAAACAUCGACUCGAAGUCACUAGAAGACGGCGACGAACAAAAGAAUAGAUUCUCAAAGGUGAUGGAUGAAAUUGAACAGUGUAUCUAUUGUCUAUACGGUCUGGUCCUACGUAAAUCCAAGAUGAAGUACUUGGACGAUCACAACUGUCGAUCGCUUGAGCUAACAUUGGAAAAAGCGAGUAUUGUGUUUUAUGCCUUGCGACCAAGACAACUGCCCGGUUAUGAAGGUCGUACUUGCACAGUAACGAACGAAACGGAAAGUCUUUUUCAAAGAUUUGAAUCAAUGAUCGAAUGGGAUGACGAGCGUGAACGCCGAAGAAAGCUCCUGAUAUCGUAUGUGUCCGAUGCCACAUCGAUCAAUAAUCAAGGCAAACAAAGCGAAGAACUAUUACAUCUAUCCGACAAGCCAUUUACAGCAAAUAAUGCUUUAUUCGAAAAAGAUCUAUAUUAUCUCUUCGCUGAUUAUCAUCUGAAAAUGGGUUCGAAAGAUGCAGUAUCGAAUGAAUCAUCAAACAAAAAAGCACAAGAAUACUAUAUCAAAGAUCUUUGUAUGAAUACAAAACGGUUUGAUUCGUGGGCUGGUUUGACUGUGAUUGAAUUUGCUAAGAUCGAAGAACUAAUCACGGCUGAUGAUUUCGAUGCGCGAAUCUUCAAUGUUCACAUGUCAGCGUCGUGCUAUUUCCGACAAGCGGUCUCUGUUGAAAGUAAUAAUCAUACUCUAUGGAUGGAAUAUGCUGAAAUUACAUACAUUUUGCAAUCCUAUUGCUCGAAAUACAGAGAAAAAGCAGCGGAAUACGUCCCCGAGCGAUCGUUUUUAUUGAACAUAUGCAAAGAGGCGUACGAAAAAGCGAAUUUGUGCACGGAUAACGAUGACAACAAAGAAGAUUGGACUCACCUGUAUAUGAUGGCGAAGAUCGAAGAGAAACUCCAUCGAAGUAAAUUACUCCAUGCAUUGAAGAAAUAUGCUUCGGCUCUCGAUCUUCUACAUGAAAAUAAAGCAGUCUACCCACGUAAACUCGGUCAUCACACAUCGACAUCGAAUUCUAAGGGCACUUUACUCGGUUGCCAUGCUGUUGAAAUGUUCUACCGAAUUCAUGCAUCGACUCUCAAAUAUUUGAAUCGUCAUAAUAAAGAAACAGUUGAUUUUACCAUCGAAAAACUGAAUGAAUUGCAUGAGUUCCUGGUCGAGAUGCAAACAAAAGCAUUCGCUACGAGCUACUAUGAAAAGUCAACUAUUCCGAACGACGCUCAUUCGAAUCAGCUGAUCAGCGCGCAAUAUUUUCCUGCUCAACAAGAUCAGGCUACCGACCCGUGGCUGACCUUGUACCACAAGUGCAUUUGGUUAUGCGUCGAAGGUCUCUAUAUUUGCAUCGCUCGAUACAAUCGUCAUUAUCGUGCGCUUUAUCGUCUUGCGCAUUUUUUCCAUACAAACGAAUACUAUCGAAACGAUCGACUUAGUCUGGAGUUCUUUCUUGGCGGAAGUGUACUCGAAUUGAAGAAUUAUCCGAGAGUUAUUGGCUUGUAUCAAGAACGUUCGAAACAUAAUCUUUUCAAUGGUAUAUGGCGAAUUCAACCAUUGGACGCUGACCGUACGGGUUCAUUCAAUGCAUCGAUGUACAAAUCAACUCGAUUAUUUGUUGAUCUGCUUCUCCGCUUCGAGGAGAACUUUGGUAUCCUGCUGGAAGUAUUACGACAAUUACUGGCAAAGCCAGAUCCAGACAAGAAAUAUGUUCGUGAAGUAGAAAGGAAGAUGUUGUGUCAACAUAUCAUUAAAAAUUUCGUUCGAACUGUGAAGAAAAAGGUGACAAGUAAAACGCGGGAUGACAUCGAACGUGAGGGUUUGAAAAUCCUUGCCUCGAUGGAUGAAAGUGAUCCAAAUAGUGUCUCAAUACCGAUUCUAUUCGAAACAUCUAUUCACUUGUAUAAUUUGAUCAGAAACUAUCCUGAAUUUUAUCACAAUUCACGAUUGGAUGAGUUAGUCGAGUCGACUUUUCAACGUUAUCGGCCGAUUCUAAAAUUCUCCAGCCAUUUACCGGAAAAUCCAAAAGCGGAAAACUUGACCUUGAUCUAUACGCCGAAGAAACAGAAGUCGAAAAAAAGGCCGACUACAAUUGUUGAACAGCCGCCUGCGAGCAAGCGAAUAGAUUCCGAACGAUCACCUAUUUCGUCAGCCGUUACCACCGAUCAAUCCACUGCCGAUAAACGUCCAGCUCCCAAACCAGAACCGCUUCCUUCGACUAGGACGACGGAACAAUCAGUGACCAAUAAAGGCGAGUCUUCUGAGACAUCACUCGCUUCAUCUUCUACCACAACCAAACAGCCACCGGCAAAUGAAACCUUAUUGGCCAUUUCCACCAUUGAAAAGUCAGAUGUAAAUAAACGCUCAUGUGAAGAAAAAUCGGCGGUCAAAUCUAGCGCUUCUUUUGAAGAACCGACUGUAAGCGACCAUACGUGUUUGCCAAAAUCGCCGGUGCCAUCAACUUCCAUCGCUGAGCAAUCGAUCACAAAGAAACAUCCGCCUCUCAUGCCAACGUCAGGUCUGACAACUACCAUUGCUGAACAAUCAGAUGUGAAGAAACAUUCAUCUCCUGAGCCAUCAACUGCUUCUAUUAGACAACCAAGUUCCAACAAGCGACCACGUGAAGAAUCAUUCCCAACUUCUUCAAUCACCUCUGUAGAACAGCCUACUCCCAGAAAACGACUACAUACUGAACCUUUACCGGCGUCGACAAUUAUCAGUCCUGAACUACCACUAAUAAGUGGACAGUCGUGUGCAAAACCGCUAUCGAUUUCAUCAGCCGUUCCUGUUGAACAAGAAACAUUGAAAGAACGUUCAUAUCAUCCUACAUCCUCAGCGCCAUAUAUCGAGCAACCACUGGCUGCUGAACACCAAGUUCCUGGACCAUCUCUGGUUCCAUCUACUAUCGCCACUGAACAACAAACUGUGGAAAAACAUUUGUGUCCUGAAUCGUUACUGAUUGAACCAGCUGCUACCGUGAAAUCGCCAGUAAUGAAUAAACAGUCAUGUCCAGAGCCAUCCGUAAUACCAGUGGUGACCACUAAAGAGCAAGCAAUGCCAACAAAACGAGAAUCUUCUGGUGUGCUUCCAGCCUCAUCAACUGCUACUACUGAGCAGCAAACUGUAAAGAAACACUUAGACCCUGAAUCAGCCUCAGUCCUAUCAGCUACUGUUAGAGAACCGGAACUCAUGCACAAACGUCCUGCUGCCGAACCAUUAUCAAUGCCACCAGUGAUUAUUAGAGAACAGCCAGUGGCCGUAAAACAUCAACUUACCGCCCUCUCCGCAGUUUCAUCAAUCCACACUACUGAACCAGAAAUCAUAGAAAAACAUCCAACCCCUGAAUUACUAUCAGUUCCAUUAGCUCCCGCUGUGAGACAACAAAACGUGACUAAACGUCCGCCUCCUCAACCAUGUUCCAUUCCAUCAAUUACUAUCAGUGAACAUCCAGUCGUAAACAGAUCUUCACACUCUCAGCCAGUACCACUUUCAUCAGAUCCACGAAGUGAUAUCAUCGAACAGCGAGUUGUACAUAAACUUCUGUCGCCUGAUCCUCCAGUAAUGCCAUCCGUUGUUGCUAGUGAGCAACCAAUGGCAACAAAUCGCCAAUUUCCUAUGCUUCCACCAGUUUCAUCAACUAGUGCUACUACACAACGAGCUGUAAGUCAACGUCUGUCCCCUGAGCCAGCAUCUAUUACAACGAAUCAAGAAUCAAUGAUACAUAGACGUAUAAGUCCACAACCACGACCGCUUCCGUGGAUUAUUAGUACGGAAGAAGCGAUAGUAAAGAAACAGUCAACUCCUGAACAAUUACCAUUUCGGCCAACUAUUACCGUCGAACAACCAAUCGUACGUAAGUGCUUGUUUGCAGAACCACCAUCAAUUCCACCAACAACUGCAACUGAACAGCCAGUUGUAGACAGACGUCCAUAUGCAGAACCGUUAAUUAUUGCCAAUAACCAAGCAAUCGUCAAUAAACGUCCAAAUCCUGACCCAGCAUCUGUUUUACCAUCACCUGCUAUUAACGGACCAAUUGUAAACACAAAUCCAGCUCCUGAACCACCACCGCUUUCACCUUCUUCAUCUUCCUCAUCGUCACCAACUACGGCUGCAGAGAACUUUCUUGGGCUUGCUUCUUUUCUUCAUUAUGAUUCUAUAUAA